AUGGCGGCGUCUAUCUCGCCGUCGGUCAUCAUGACCCAGGUUCAUGAUUACAUGAACUCUCAUAAUAUCUCCACCGACGCGUUGUUCCAACCAGAGACCGUGGCAAACACGAUCUUUAGCUACAAAUGGCUGAUCGGAACCAUGAUCUUCGCCCUCGUGGCCUCCGUCCGCCUUUUCCAUUACUUCUUCAUCCAUGACCAACCUCCGAGAGGCUCGGGCUUGAAGCUCAUGCCCGGCCCACGAAGCACGAUUCCAUGGCUCGGCCGCGUUCACGACGUCGAUCCGAACUGCCCCUGGUUUGCGAUGAGGAAGUUCUCCGAUGAAUUCAACGGCGUCUUCCGAACCACUAUCUGUGGUGAGAUGCACGUUUGGGUUGGAGACGCACAGGUCGCGUACGACCUUCUAUGCAAGAAAGCCAGCAUCUACUCGUCUCGCCCACAGGUCCCUGCCGUUCCUGGCAGUGAUUCUCAGGGUCAAUAUCUGCCUCUCUUGGCUCAUGACGACCAUUGGCGCAACCAGCGCAAGUUCGCUCACACCGUCCUGACCGCCGGAUUCAACCAGAAGUACUACGGUUACGUCUCGCACGAAGCCAAGCGCUUCCUAUACAAGCUCUUGAUCGACCCCAAGGAUCAUUUCGCGCUCACCGAUCGUUUCUGCGGCCGCAUCUCUGCUCGUCUCGGCUAUGGACGCCCCGAGUCGUCUGCUGCCCACUGCAAGAACGCGGGAGAAUUCAUCCCCCAAAUUUCUCCCUCAGGCUCCGUUACGAAUCUCGUGCCACUCCUCGGUAAUCUUCCCGAAUGGAUCAAUCCCUCGAUUCGCAAGGUCCGCGAGCGCCGUGAGAAGGAAGAGAAACUCUGGAAAGGACUCAUGAAGCAGACAUACUUUGAGCGCAAGGAAGCCGAGACUGGCAAGAAGUCUUUCGGUUUUGAUGACCACGAGGCUGCUUAUGCUGUCGGCAUGUUGGUUACUGUGGCCAUCUUCACCAUUGGUGGCCCUCUUUACUGCUUCUUCCUCACUAUGGUUCUCCACCCCGAAUGGCAAGACAAGGUCCGCAAAGAAUACGACGAAGUCAUCGGCGACCGUGUCGUCGAGGUCACGGAUGCACCCAACCUGCCUAUCCUUCGUGCCUGUAUCAAGGAGUGCGUCCGCUGGCGCCCACCGGUCCCUCUCGGUGUGCCCCGCCUGCUGGAGGAGGACGACGAGUACAAGGGCUACUACCUCCCCAAGGGUGCCGUCAUCCACGCCAUCGACCUUGCUCUUGCCCGUGACGAGAAACUCUACCCCGAUGCAGAGAACUACCAUCCAGAGCGUUGGCUCGAGCCCGAAUUCCCAACCUACAAGGAGCCUCUUACCGAGCACCCGCGUCUCAUGGGUCACCACGGCUUCGGCAUGGGUCGUCGUAUGUGUCCUGGUAUUGAGGUCACGGAAGCUGAGCUGCUCGUUGCCUGUGGAUCGAUUAUUGGUUGCUUCACUCUCGAGCCCGAGAAGGACAAGAACGGCCAACCAAUGCCGCCUCCGAGCUACGACUUCACACCUAACUUGAUUGGCGGUCCUCUGCCAUUCAAGAUGGAUGUCAAGGUUCGCAGCCCCCAGAAGGCGGAGCGGAUAAGGCACUGGUUCGAGGAGUCGGUUGCGGAUGAGCAGGCGGGCAGGAUCGCUCAGGGAUCAUAA